AUGGAGUUCCUACUGCGUUUAUUACAAUGUUUUUUGAAACUGAUCUCAAUUGUGAUUUAUCCGCUCUUGAACCUUUUAUUGGCGCGCAAAGGUCCAUCCACCAUACCGCCAAUUCGCAACCAGUUGGUAACAUUUCCAUUAGUGGAAGUGAUAAAACUGAUGCGACAGCGAAAGUUAAAAUCUGUGGAUCUGGUGAAAGCUUACAUUGAACGUAUCAAAGAGGUAAAUCCUCAUAUCAACGCAAUUGUGCAAGAUCGUUUCAAAGGCGCGCUGGAAGAUGCCGAGCGCGCCGAUGGACUAAUCGCAAAAGCCACAGGCGAACAAUUAUCAGCACUUUUUAGACGCUAUACCUUAUUGGGUAUACCAUUUACGGUAAAGGAAUCAUGCGGAUUGAAAGGCAUGCCCAUCCGUGUUGGUAGCCGUCAACGUGCUCAUCUGAUAAGCUCCGCCCAUGGUGAAGUGGUGAAUAAUGUGGUUGCGGCUGGGGGUAUACCAUUAUUGGUCUCCAUAACACCAGAAUACUGCUUUAGCAUGGAAACAAAUCCAGCAACACAGAAACGUUGCGUAAAUCCACACGACAAUAAACGUACAGCAGGUGGAUCAUCCGGUGGAGAAGGUGCUCUGAAUGGUGCGGGCGCAAGCUUGUUUGGUGUUGCUUCCGAUAUUGCUGGCUCCAUACGAUUCCCGAGUUUAUUCAAUGGCGUCUUCGGUCAUAAGCCCACAGGCGGCAUUACUUCAAUAGAAGGGCAUUUUCCAGACUCCAAAGAUAAAGUUUGCCUUGAGUAUCUUCAAUUGGGUCCAAUCACACGAUUUGGUCGUGACUUAGGCGUACUAACGCAAAUUAUGGCCGGUAAAAAUGCUGAAAAACUAGAUCUACUCACACCGGUUGAAACAAAAGAUAUUAAGAUUUUUUACGCACUUGGAUUUGAUGGGCUUAAUGGUGUUUUACAUAAAUCGCCCGAAACAGAAAUGACACUUUCAAUUUUGACUGCUUUAAAGUACUUAAAGAGUCGUGGUUGUGAAGUUGAACGGGCAUCUAUGAACGAUUUCAGAAACUCACUCGAAAUAUCGCUCGGCGGUUUGGUACUCUUAGAAGACUUUCCUUAUUUAAUUAACACAUCAAAGAAACAAAAUUUAAAUGAAUUUUUAACUGAAAUGGGUAAAGCAAUAUUAGGCAAAUCGGAAUACACCAGAGACGCUUUAUACUUUGAGUCCAUGAGACGUUUUAACGCCGGAAUGCGCAUGGAAAAUAUAUUGAAAUACAAAGCUGAAGCGGAGAUGCUGAAAACUAAGUUUGCUAAAAUGCUCGGCAACAAUGGCGUUUUAUUUUUCCCUACAUUUCCUGUACCUGCAAUCCAUCAUAAUUCUUCGAUAUUGUUUCUUAGUAAUGUCGAUUAUUGCAUGAUAUUCAAUAUACUUGGCUUUCCGACUACCCAUAUACCCAUGGGACACGAUGAUAACGGCUUGCCGGUCGGCUUUCAAGUGGUCGCAGCGCCCUACAAAGAUAAGCUAUGCUUUCAAAUUGCUGGUGAAUUGGAAGCGGCAUACGGUGGUUGGGUUAUACCAACACCACACCAGCUUGAACCAUUAGAAUAAACGAAUAUUGUUGAUUUGAUAGUAUUUUACGUAAAUGUAAUUAAUUAAUGUUAAUUAAUUAAUUGAUAGGGUAUUUGUUCAUAAUUUAUAAAACAAUAUUGGGCAUUCAGAUUCAAUGAUUCAAAUUGUAGAUAAAUACAGAUAUUUUAGAAAAUA